AUUAUGGAUAGCAAACAGUUUAAGAGUAUAAACUAGUGUAAAGCAAUAGAUUAGAAUAAAAUAUAAUAAAAUAUAAUAAAAUAUAAUAAAAUAUAAUAAAAUAUAGUAAAAUAUAAUAUAACUAAGAUAAACUAGUCUUUAGUGAUGAAAGAUAUUAGCAGGGUUAAUAAACUAUGUGCUAAAGCAUUUUUGGCAGAGUGUAGAAGCGAAUUGAUAGGGUUAUGUCAGAAAAUUGAGAGUGGUGAAGAAAAGAAAUGGAUAAAGAAAGAGAUGAUAAUUACUAUGGGAAACCAAUCUGCGGACUUGGACUCAAUUGUUAGUAGUUUGUUGUUUAGUUUUUUCUUCAAAAAGAAGAAUCCUGGCUGUACAAUUAUUCCGUUGGUUAGUAUUAGAAGAAGAGAGAUAGAGUUGCGACAAGAUGUGAUUUAUUUAAUGGGAACAAUUGGUAUUUCAAAGGACGAAUUAAAUUAUAUUGACGAUAAAUGGAUCAAAACCGUCAGGAGAUUUUACAAUGACGAUAAAGAUGGCGGGAGUAAACUAAAGUAUGUUUUAGUCGAUCAUAACGAAGUUGAGAAGAACAGUGAGAACAGGAAUAUUGAGAAAAAGCAAGUGAUUGGGGUUAUAGAUCAUCAUGCGAUUAAAAGCGAAAUAUUAAAAGAAUAUAGAGAGAGGGUUGAGAGAAAAGAGAUGAAUGUGUUGAUAAUAGAAGAAAAUGGUUCUUGUUCUUCAUUAAUUAUGAAUUAUUGGUAUGAAAUUAUAUUUAACAGUAAGCCUGGGGAAAGAAAGGAGGAAUUGAUGAAAUGGUUUAAAUCGAAAGACAUAGUUCUAUUGGGGUUAAGUGCGUUGUUAGUUGACACGAUGAACUUAACAUACAAAGCUAAAGAGCCCGAUUUCAGAAUGAUGAAGAUUUACGAGGAUACCGUAAAUGAAAUCAAUGGAACAGGCGAGGAAGGGAGUGUCGACAUUGAGGAUUUGUUCAACCAGUUGAAAUACGAAAAGGGCAACCUUGAGAACCUAUCUAUUGAGAACAUUUUGAAGAAGGAUUUCAAAGAGUUUCACUACACUGCGAACAAACAAGAGAUGCGAGUUGGAAUAUCAUCGGUGCCCACGUCGAUAGGAUGGGUUUUAGAAAACAAGUGCAGCAACAGCGAGAGGUGUUUAGAAGAGAAGAUAAGGAGGUUCAUGGAGCAAAAGCAGAUGGAUAUGAUGCUUGUGAUGGCGUUUUUCACAAACACACAGGGGCAGUUUGAGCGGGAGUUGGUGGUAGUGGGCUCAGAGGACCGGGUGGGGCAGUUGGAAGGGUCUGCAGGCCUCGUUGAAGAGCUCCGGCUCGAGCAGCACACGCAGCACACGCACCACAGUGGGUGCUGGAGAGCGUAUCACCAGCGGAACGGCAAGGGCAGCCGCAAGCAGGUUGCGCCCUUGGUGGGAAGAGCGCUUUGUGAAUAACCGCCGGAUAAAGCUGCUGUCAACAUGCGUUCGGGCGCAGGACUGCGUGGCUGCGCAGGCGUGCAGGGCAUCCCCACCUUCGGCGAAUACGUUUGGAGAGCCGCGUGGUUCCCGGCUGGAGCACCGCGGAGAGCGCGCCAAUCGCGGUGGUCCAUCGCGCUGGGUCUGUGCGCGGGCGUGGUUGUGGAAAUUAUUCUGUUGCGCUUCUGAGUAUUAUUCUUUUUCGCUGCGGUCUGGAGCUCAGCACUCACUCUAUCAGCAUCAAAUUAUCAGCAUCAAAUUACCAUCUGCCAAUUACAAUGCGCUCUCUGCCAGUGGUUAGAUCAUCCUCUCCCUGCUAUAUUAACCCAUAUAUAUCCUGUUUGUAUUUCAAUUGACUUUCUGCCUUCCUCUCUUGCUUUCUCAA